CAUGCAGACAUUGAAUUCAAUGUCACCGGCAAUUAUGGCAGCCCCAUGCACGUGAACCACAAUGCCAACUACAGCUCCAUGCCCUCCCCGGACAUGGACCAUGCUGACCGCAAGCAGCACGACCAGGCGCGGCGGCCGCUCAGCGUGGCCACGGAUAACAUGAUGCUGGAGUUUUACAAGAAGGAUGGCCUUAGGAAAAUCCAAAGCAUGGGUGUCAGAGUGAUGGACACCUCGUGGGUGGCACGUAGAGGCACCUCAGGAGCACGCAAGACACCCGCCACCCCCCCGGCCACGCAGCCACCCGCACCGCCCGCCGAGCUGCCCGCCACGCCGCACUCACCCAUCCCUGAGCAGGCUCCUGAUGUGUCAGCCAGCCCCUCAUCUCCUGCCUCCAGCUUUGGCUUCCCGCCCGCAGCCGAGCGGGCAAGCACGCGUGGUGUGCCGCCCGCCUGGCCGGAUUGCUGCUACAGCCUCCCCUGCCCUGAGGACAAGCGGGGGCCCCCGGCCCCUGGUCCCCAUCCCUGUCCCCUGCCCUGGACACAACCUGCACUGCGCCUCUGGCCAGGUUGCAGCCAGAGCCUUCCUCCCUCCCGCUCCUCCUCUUCUUCCUCCUGCUCCCCCCGUCCACUCACCCCCCACCUUCGCCCCAAGCCUUGCUCCCUGCUGGUCCCCACACCACGCUCUCUUGCCCCAUGGCACUGCCCGCUCCCCAUCUCUGCCCCACUGCUCCUCCCCAGCCCCCGGCCCCACAUGCUGCCCUCUCCCCCCGGGGGCGGCCGCAUGCCUGCGGGAGCCAACCUGGCCAGCACACUAAAGCCCAAGGAGCCAUCCCCCGUCUCCACAGCACAGAAGGGCGGUGGGCAGCAGCCCAUGGCCACACCACCAUCCCCCGCCGAGCAGAGCCCGCGCGCCCCACGCAAAGCCUCCAAGAAGCUGGCGCCCAUCCCACCCAAGGCGCCCUCCUCAGGGGGCACAUCGGAGCCGCCGGCGGGCCAGCCGUCCCCCGGCAGCUUGUCCCCAACCCCGCCAGGCACCCCCGCGCCCUAUGGACUCGCUUACCCUCAAGGCUACUGCCUGGCCUCAGGUCAGCUGUCCCCAGCCGCCGCACCUUCCCCGUCUCCUCCUCCUCCUCCUCUUCCUCCCCUGGGCAGCUCUGUAACCAAAUCUCGACCCGUCCCCAAGCCGAGGCAGAGGCCCUCGCUGCCGCCGCCGCAGCCCCCCACGGCCAGCGCGUCCGGCUCUAGCCCCCAGCCCACGGAGGCCCCCCUGCUCGACGCCGUGGCCCCCGGGGAGAGCGUGCCCACAGGUCUGCUGCACUUCGAGCUGCCGUCCAUUCACCUGGGGGGCGCGGAGGCCACGCUGCGCCGGGACCCGCUGGACGCCGCGCAGAGAGUGCAGCUGAAGGGCCCUGCAGAGGAGGAGGAGGACUCGGAGAGCACGGCCCUAUGACGGCGUCCCCUCCGCCCAUCCUUGCGGCCCCCAGCCCCGCACCGGGUGCUGCCGCCCUGUAGUGGGAUUCGGUUCGCCUUAUCCAGACUUUGCCUUGUGACUCGGUGCCUAUGUCCCCCCCCCCGGCACGUCCUCGUGGUGGCAGCGGGGCUGGAGAGGCACCGGAGCCCCAUUCCCUUCUGACGUGGGGCAGCAGCCUGGGGUCUCGUCUCCCCGCUCCGUACCCCCGUGGCUGGGAUAUGAGGAUGGCCCCAUAGCAAUAAGGCGGGUGUGGGGCACGGCCUCGUCCCCUCUUUGCUGUCGUCGUGGGUUGGUGGCGUGGAGCAGAGGCUUUGGUUGUGCAUGCAAAGACAAAGUCACCUUUUAUCCUUUUCAGAGAGAUGACAUAUAUAUAUAUAUCUGGUGGGCAUAGAUAUAUAUAUAUUAUAUAUUUGUAUAUAUAGAAAUAUAUAUAUAUAUAUUUGUUUUAUUUUGAGCCAUUCCAUCCGAUCUUGGUGUACAAACGGACUAUGUCCAUGGGAACGCAUCGUGGCCCCGCUCCGCCCCCCUGUGCUGCACUGCCCCGACCCCCCGGCCCCACUGCUUCUGCACCGCCGCGAUCUGACCGUCACCCACAGCACGGGGACGGGUGUGGGGGGCAGGAGCAGCUGGAAUAAACGUGCACAUC